AUGUUUCCGCUUCUACCACCGUCCGCCAUUGCAUUUCUCCUGCUCGUGUUCUGGAUUGAGUACUCCCGGAUAUGCGGAAGUUUGGACGUUACGACGAUCUACCGUGGCAGAAGUGAGUUCCCGUUCAAUUACACUAGCGUCGAGUGCCACUCCAGGACCGAUGCACUGGGUUUGCCGUUUAUUGCACCAAACGGUACCACAUUCGAACCAGAAGUAGGCUUGGUGGUACCUAGUUGUCAGAUCGGUUUAAGGCCAAACUGUCCAUGGACUUCGCAAGGUUGGGAAAUCACUGGUGGAAUAGAUUUGAAUUUGCCGCCAUUAAGAUUGCAGUAUGAGACUGUACACGUUCAUACGAACGGUGUACUUAUGUCACAGCUGACACCACUUUUCUGGCCCCGCUUCAACUUCACUCUCAGAACUUCAACUCGUGGCAUGGCUCGUGUUUUCCUUAUGAACGAAGCUGACGUUAACACUGCUGAUAUGUACGUGAUCGAUAUUAUUCAUAAUAUGUUGUACUUGGCACACCAGACCAGUAGUAUUUUGAAGUGUGGUCGAGGACGUUUAUAUACCCAUGAAGUGGAUCUGGGACUAGGAAUAGGAAUAAGAAGAUGUCACAGUAUUGGCAAUGUCUACAUAAGAUGGUUGGCUGAGGAGAAUGUCAUGUUCAAGAUGGAUGUGAGUGGCGGGAAAAUUCAACUUUUUCGAAAUGUUUCAAGCACUCUACUCUUCAGCCAAGUGGAUUCCAAUCCAUUGAGAGUUAAGUACAUUGCAGUCAGUACUUCAGAAAUCGAACGAGAUUGGACCUUGCUUCUUGAUAAUCGCGUAUGGUCGCUUGUAGGAGUUAGUGGUAUCUUGAAAAGUCCAAUUUUAGCGAGCAGCGAUGCACCAAGCAUCUGCGUAUCUUUUUUUGCUUAUUUGGAUUCCACGCCAGGUUCAAGGAUUAAAGUUUCUGUACAUCUUAGCAAUGGCUCCGUUAAGACUAUGGGUCAGAUAAUCAGCGCCACCUGGGAGAAUAAACAAUGGCUACUCCAACGACUCGUAUUGGAUUUAUCAGAUGAGAAUGUUAAUCAGGAUCUUCAGAUCUUGAUAGAAGGUCUAAAGGGGAAUCCAUUUGCAGUGGUCUCCAUACACGGCCUAAUGGGAUGCAAUCCUGAUGAUAACGAGGAGAUAGCCGUAAUCCAGGUACAUCUUGAUCGCAACCAACCAUUCGUAUGUAACGUACCGACAUAUGGAGAACAGAAAAACCACAUUUUUUUAGGAUUAUCAAAAUCCUGUCGCAGCUGUUUCCACGGCGGACAAUGUGACGCGUUGACUGGUCAGUGCACAUGCCCACCAGGGUUCAUAGGUGAAACCUGCGAAGAAGGAUGCGGCGAAAAUGCAUUUGGCCGUGAUUGCCUGGGACAAUGUUCAGGUCGUAAAGAUGGAUGCACUGGCUUAGUAUUGUGUGCACCGAUAGUAGGCUGCAAUUGCGCAACAGGAUACACAGGAACAGGGUGCGAUCUUGAAUGUGCACCUGGCUGGUACGGUCCUAACUGCGCGUUCGCGUGCGGCAGUUGCGACGAAUUUUAUUGCGACAUCUUCACGGGCGUCUGUCCCGAGGGUUGCACCUCAGGACAUUAUCCACCACUCUGUAAUCUGACCUAUACCUAUUUACUGCAACCACCCACUAUAAGCGACAUCGGCGCCACCAGAGUAACGUUCACCUUUGAGGCGGGUGAUAGCAAUAUGGCCGGAUCUGGUAAACCAAGAUUUUAUCAAGUCCAAUUAAAGGAAGUCAAGUCGACAAUUUGGAAAUCAAGGAUUCCUGUACUGUUACCUGAACAUCCGGUACACCGUAUAUCCGGCGUGGCUGAAGAUUUACGUCCAGGUGUCAAUUAUUUAUUAAGAAUAAUUCUUAUAGAUCGCGACGGUAAUUUCUUUAGUAACGACACCCUCGUACCUUACGCCAUGGUCACUACAACUUGUCAAGUUCCCGUGAACCCGGUGUAUGACGUCAAAGCUACCUGGAAGAAGCGAUACGAGUUUGAAGUGGAGUGGGAGUAUGACCCCAAUGACUAUACUGCUUGUGAAUUGAUACACUAUCGUGUCUAUCUUCGCGAAGGAUGGCGACGUUAUCUCUACAAUAUCACAACUGAAAACAGUAUUACAGUGCCAGAUAGGAGUCCAUUUUUCAAAUAUUCAGUGCAGGUGCAAGCAGUGACAUCUCGCGGGUCGUCGAUCGUAUCCGAACCAGCUGUAGUGCGAACGGUUCAAGGAGCGCCAUCGCGAGUAACUCGAUUAACUACAAGACAAAUAAGUCCAACGGAGCUUCAAGUUGAAUGGCGCGAACCCAGAGUCACUACCGGUAAAAUUAAGAACUACAUUGUAGAGUACGAGUGUCUAAGGUACUUGGCAUGUCCUGAGUUAACUUGUCAAGAUUCCAAAAACAAGUUACAGACGUCACACCUGAACUUGAAUUUGUCAGGACUUUAUCCUCAUGCUCAAUACAGCAUCAAAGUGGCUGCGGUCAUAGUGGAGAUGGGUCCAUGGUCUAGGAUAAUAGCAGCAACGUCGUUUGCAGCACCUGAAGCAGCGCCAGCACCUGCCGAACAUCCAAUACUUUCUCGAACCGCCAGCACCAUUGAAGUGACCUGGAAUCCUGUAGCUGAUUGUAAACUUCUGCAUGGGUUUCCAUUGUACUAUCAUUAUUGGCUCUUUAUGAAGGAACAACCUGAUGAUGCGAUACUGGUUGCCGAAGGGAACGUCACGCAUCCUCCAGUUAAUUUCACAUCGUUACGACCCUACACUAAUUAUGUAGUUCAGGUUGAACAAGUUGUAACCGAUGGACUUUAUAAUUCAAAUUACAAACUUGAAAUUCCUGUGAGAACACGAGGAACCGUUUCACCUAUUGUAAGAGAUUUACAAGCCGUGGAUAUAACUUCAAGUACUGUUACAUUGAUCUGGUCCUAUCCCAAAGGAGUAUCAUUCGAUGCUGUGAAACACUUCAUUGUUGUGUUCAUGUGUGUACGUCUGCUUGCUUGUCGUGACUUUUUUUAUAAUUGUUCAAAUAACGGAACUAUCGAGAUCAAUGACACCAGGGUUCUAUUGUCCGAUCUGACACCCUAUGCUAAAUACGAGAUUAAAGUUGCUGCAUUUACUGGAGAAGUGGGAAAUUUUGCAUCUUUAUCCAUAAAAACUUUGACUUCUCCUCCGCAAGUGGGACCAAGGCCAGAUCCCGAACGUCCUCCGCAAAGCGGAAGUACGUGGCUCGCUGUAUGGUGGUUACCGCCUUUGGAAUGCGCGAAACAACAUGGACCAAUAAUAGGUUAUCGGCAUAAUAUAUUUAGGGACGAUGAUGAGUCAUUAACAUGGUCUGACGAGUCAUUGACUUCUACCACUUUCACAAAGGAUACCUGGGCUAACUUCACGGGAUUAACGAGCUUUACGGGUUUUAAGGUAGUGGUAGCAAUUGUUAAUAAUCAAACAGACAUUACACCUUGGCAAGAAAUUCGAGCAUUCAAUUUUAGUGUCUGGACGAGACCGGAAGUACCGGAUGCUGUGAAGGAACUGAUUGCAUACAAACACGGAAAUACAUUGAUUGGACUGAGAUGGCGUCCCACCAGAUAUCUUCAUGGUCCCAUCGAUUUCGUAAACAUUCGUAUCACCGCCGCUGGUCAACAAGUCAUUAAUCAACGUGCAAAAGUCAUGAAUUGUCUAGCUUGGAUUAAUCACAUGUGUUACGAGAUAACAGGACUGAAAGCAAACACUGCGUAUAACAUAUCAGUGCGACCAUUUAGUAGCGUCGUGGGAGAGGAAGGACUGCCGGCGAAUGUCACAGUGAAAACUGAAGAAGGAAUUCCUGACCCACCGUCAUUCAUAAGGUUGGUAAGGAAGACGGAUAGGAGUUUCGUGAUUGAAUGGGGUCAUCCGAACAUGUCCAAUGGAAUUCUAAGGUCUUUCCGAAUUCUAACGGAUCACGUAGAUUCGUACAAUUCCGAAAUGUGCUGCGACACCAGCAUGUCAGCGGACGUUCAGGUACUUCGUGAGAAUGCAACCUAUGCUGCUCACAUAAAAGGAUUGAAACCGGCUUCGGAAUAUUUUAUCACUUUGGUAGCAGUGACAUACGUACCAAGUGAGCCAAUUUCGAUGACAAUUUACACGCGGCCUGGAGUACCGGAAUUGCAGGAGACACCACCCCAUAUAAUUAUGGACACUAUAACGAAUGUUACGGCGGAAGUCGUCCUGACGCCAGCAUCGGACUUCAACGGCGGCCCAAUCUGGGUAUACUUUGUAAUGGUCUGUGGAUCCGGAGCUUAUGAUCAUCACGAUGAUGACAGUGAUCCAAUAUUGACGGAAGUGAAGGAUGCAGUAAACAGGAAGGGCUUCGUAGCGAUGACGUUGAAUGAUGAAGAACUAGAUGACACUCUAAUAAUUACUAUUGGAAAUGGCGAGGAGUCCCUUGGUCUGUACGGAUUUAUUCGAAAUCAGCCUUUACGUCCAAAUACAACUUACACCAUAGUUCAGGUAGUAAUGUCGGAAUAUAUGGAUUCGCGAAGUUUCGGCAUGGUGGAAAGUGAACCGUUUGUAACCAAACCUUAAUUAUAAUUAAAAUAUUACGAUUUUUAGUACGUUACUUUUUCAACGAUACAAUGUACAUAUGCGGGUACAGUCAAAUAAAGACAUUUAAAAUGA